AUGGAUGGAUAUUACGCACCGGCCCCGGCUGCCUUAAUGAAUCAACUCUCGCCCCAGAUGCCUGUUCAAUCGUACAUCCAUCAGGCGAUGUCGUCCUCACCCAUCAUGCAACCCUUAUUGCAGCAGCCCUCAGCGUUGCCCUCGUGUGCACAACCACUGCUAGCAAAUACCGCGCAACAGCACCAGCAACAACAGCAGCAGUCUCCCCUCCAAUCGCCAUUGUCGUCGAUUCCUUCGAAUAAUUUUUUGCCGUUGACGGCCACAAAACGACGCCAAAAUAAUGGAACGAUGUCAGCAGCAUCAACCUCUUCCACCGUUUCGGAUACACCACCGGAUGGUAAACCAAAACGGGGAAGACCUCGAAAAGUGAAGAAGGAAGAAAAGUUGGUUUCUUUUGAUUCUUCUUUGAUUCUAUCUGCAUUUUUCUUUAAGUUUCAUUUCUUUCCUCGAGUAAAAUUGGUUGAUUUUUGUGCUGCGUGUUUUUUGGUUGGUUGCAUUACUUAA